GCAGCUUGAGUAACCCCUGCAUGUUGGAUUCCUGCUGGUUUCCACGAACCAUCCGAAGGAAAGCUUCCUCAUUUUGGGACAGGCACAUGGCCGAAUCUCGGCACAUGUCGCAAUGAAUGACUGCUGCCUGCUUCGAUGCUGAGCCGGCGGAAGAUUUGGUUCUGCUGACGGUGGCCGGCGGACGGCCCGAGCUUCCGGGCACGGUGCCGAGGUGGCUGCGCCAGGCCGUGCGGUCCAGUGGCUUUGUGUGUGCCACCCGCAGUGCGGCAGGGGCGGUGUCCGUGUUUAUUGGGGAGUCCUUCCUGGGGCAAGCGGAGCUGCCGGCUGAGGUGGAGGUGGAGCGGGACUGGGCCUCGCUGCGUUGCGCCCCCGCGCACUUCAGUGUGUUGUGCCAGGCGCUGGAGGAAGCGAAGGUGGAGGUAAAUGCGGUGUCUUCACCCAGGUGGGACUGGGUCCUGAUGCCCCGGAAGCAGUUGCCCGUUGCAGUGACCGCCCUGGUGGCUUUGGGCCAUGCCGUGAAGCCCGCCGCGCGGCUCGGUGCGCCUUUGGGGCCGCUCCCUUUUGAGGACUGCCGCAGCUUGGCCGGGCUCUGGGUGUCCGGGGAUGCCUGCCGCCUGCAGGCACCCGGCGGCGCGUACGUCGACCUUCCAGAGGGCAGCUGCGGGGUGCUGCACGAGGGCCGGCGGCGUCGGCUGGUGGCUCUGCAGCCUCCGGUGCCCACGCAGCCAGCGGACAUGGGCUGGGCGCGGGAGGUGGAGGACACCGCUGCGGUGGUGCUGGAGCUCGUGGAUGCGCGGCAGAGGGGCCUGUGGAUCUUCCUGGCCGGCCGCUUCGCGCGGGUCGUGGGCUUGCAAUCCGGGCUCAUCGCCGGGUGCUUCUGCUCCUCGCGCAGCCAGCUGGAGAAGAUCUUCGGGGAGCUGCGAGAGGAGCUCCGGGACUAUGAGGUCACCAGCGGCUUCUUGCGGAAGCCGGGGGUGUUGGAGGCAGAGCUGCCGGAAGGCGCCCGGCCCUUCCUGGACCUCUACAGUGGCCUGGGAGGCAGCAUCGAGGUGACUUCGGGGGAGGUCCUGCAUCGCAGGCCGGAAGGCGUGCAGCGGUGGCGGGUGGUGGAGUGGGGAUUUGACCCUUUUACGGUGGCGGAAACCCAAGCCAAGAGGAGGAAGGUGAGUGAAGUGAGUGAAGAGCCACAGGUAGUGCAGGAGGAGAAGGCGCUCGAACCCAAAGUUGGUCAAGCGUCACUGGAGGUGCCACAGGAAAUCGUGGAGCUCCCAAAGGAGCCAGCGCCCCCAGCGGGCGAGCUUGCAGAGGCAAGCGAGCCCUUGCCAGCUGACUUCAAGUUCCCUCAGGGCUACCCGCCACCAGCUCCCUUGCCGGAGGACUUCAAGUUCUUCCAGGGCUACCCGCCGCCAGCGCCCUUGCCGGAGGACUUCAAGUUCCCCGCAGGUUACCCUCCCCCAGCCGAGGAGGUGUCGGAGGAGGAGCGGAAGCUGGUUCUGAGUGCUUUGGCUUUGGCCCUGGCUGCGGGGCAUGUGGCGCCCAACACAAGGCAGGCCAUCGUCGUCCCAGGGCCGCAGGGGUUGAACCCGGUGGUGCUGUCCACGUCCAAAACGGCGCUGGAGAAUUUGUCGCCCCACCGGAUGGCCGAAGCCUUGGACCAAGGCCUGCAGGGCUUUCAGAAGCCGGCGACACGGCUGCCGCCGGCCGCUGCGCUGGCGGCUUACGCGAGUCAGGCCCCGGCGCCGAAUGCCCAGCCGGGCCUCGGGUACGUGCUGAUGCCAACUGCGCUCCCUCUGCCGCCGUGAGAG